UGCGCUCCGGCCCGGCGGCCUCCCGGAACUGUGCGGGGCGGCCGCGGCGCAGGUGGCCGGGGUGGGCGAGCCGAGGCGGGAGGACCCGGCGCUCCCGGAGAGAGCGGGCGGCAGCCGUGUUUCUCCCCGGUGUGGAGAAAGGAAACAGAAAGUAAGUCGCCCGGGUGGAGCGGAGGAGGUGCGAGCAGUGUCCGAGAACGCACCCGAAACAGAACCGAAAGAUGGGUCUGACCCGUCAUCUCGCCGUCUUGGGAGCGGAACCUCGGCUUGCACGAAUGGAAUAAUAAGGACCUUUUAAAUCGUGUCUUUCCAACUCUUGAGAAGCUGGUUCUAGUGAGCCCUACAUCAGAGCAGUAUGACAGCCUACUUCGACAGAUGUGGGAGAGGAUGGACGAGGGAUGCGGAGAGACCAUAUAUGUCAUUGGGCAGGGAUCAGAUGGUACUGAGUAUGGGCUGAGUGAAGCUGACAUGGAGGCCUCCUACGCCACAGUGAAGAGCAUGGCGGAACAGAUAGAGGCCGAUGUCAUCCUCCUGCGGGAACGUCAAGAAGCUGGAGGUCGUGUGCGUGAUUACCUGGUCCGGAAACGAGUAGGCGACAAUGACUUCCUGGAGGUCAGGGUAGCAGUGGUGGGCAACGUGGAUGCUGGCAAAAGCACGCUUCUGGGGGUCCUGACACAUGGAGAACUGGACAAUGGCCGAGGCUUUGCCCGUCAGAAACUCUUUCGCCACAAACAUGAGAUUGAGUCGGGUCGCACCAGCAGUGUGGGCAAUGACAUUCUGGGCUUUGACAGUGAAGGCAAUGUGGUAAACAAGCCAGACAGUCACGGUGGCAGCCUGGAGUGGACAAAGAUCUGUGAGAAGUCCACGAAGGUGAUUACCUUCAUCGACUUGGCUGGCCAUGAGAAGUACCUGAAGACCACUGUCUUUGGCAUGACAGGCCAUUUGCCUGACUUCUGCAUGCUCAUGGUGGGCAGCAAUGCUGGCAUUGUGGGUAUGACCAAGGAGCACUUGGGCUUGGCAUUAGCUCUCAAUGUGCCUGUGUUUGUGGUGGUCACCAAGAUUGACAUGUGUCCUGCCAACAUCUUGCAAGAAACACUGAAGCUGUUACAACGCCUGCUGAAGUCUCCUGGAUGCCGGAAGAUUCCCGUUCUGGUGCAGAGCAAGGAUGAUGUGAUUGUUACAGCCUCCAACUUUAGCUCUGAGAGGAUGUGCCCGAUAUUCCAGAUCUCCAAUGUUACAGGCGAGAACCUAGAUUUGCUGAAGAUGUUCCUCAACCUCCUCUCCCCCCGCACCAGCUACCGGGAGGAAGAGCCUGCCGAGUUUCAGAUUGACGACACCUACUCUGUCCCUGGUGUAGGGACAGUAGUGUCAGGAACAACGUUGAGGGGCUUGAUCAAGUUGAAUGACACACUGCUGCUGGGCCCAGACCCCCUGGGUAACUUCCUGUCCAUUGCUGUCAAAUCAAUCCAUCGCAAGCGCAUGCCUGUCAAGGAGGUGCGGGGAGGCCAGACAGCCUCCUUCGCACUGAAGAAGAUAAAGCGCUCAUCCAUCCGGAAGGGCAUGGUGAUGGUUUCUCCACGCUUGAAUCCCCAAGCAUCUUGGGAGUUUGAGGCUGAGAUUCUCGUCCUGCAUCACCCCACCACAAUUAGCCCACGCUACCAGGCCAUGGUGCACUGUGGGAGCAUCAGGCAGACAGCCACCAUUCUGAGCAUGGACAAGGACUGUCUGCGCACUGGGGACAAGGCCACCGUGCACUUCCGCUUUAUUAAGACCCCUGAGUACCUGCACAUAGAUCAGCGACUGGUGUUUCGGGAAGGUCGCACCAAAGCUGUCGGCACCAUCACCAAGCUCCUCCAGACCACUAACAACUCCCCGAUGAACUCCAAGCCCCAGCAGAUUAAAAUGCAGUCAACAAAAAAGGGCCCGUUGACUAAACGAGACGAGGGAGGCCCUUCCGGAGGGCCGGCACUAGGGGCACCCACACCCGGAGAUGAAGCUUGCUCUCUAGGAGCUGCACAGCCCCCGGCAUCCAGCGGUCUGCCGCCUCAGUCCAAGCCCAGCAGUGGGGGCCGGCGAAGAGGGGGCCAGCGUCACAAGGUGAAGUCUCAAGGUGCCUGUGUGACUCCUGCCAGCAGCUGCUAAAUCUCCUUCCUGCCUACCCCCACCACCCAAGGAAUCCUCGUACUUUGACCACCGCUCCACCAGAUGAGCCAGCACAGCUCUGAGUACCUGCCCUCACCCAGGCUACAGCCGGAGUCUCAUCAUGCCCCUCCCACACCCCUGUUUUUCAGGGGAUUGUAAUUUAUAAGCUGAGGAAGGUGGCCGGACUUCUCAAGGACUGACCGUCUCCUACCCUCUUCCCUCUUUCCUUGUCUCUCACAUUUUUGUAUAUCUGGGCCCGUAGUUUUUAUUCUUUUUACUCUCUCUCUCUCUCUCUCUCUCUCUCUCUCUCUCGUGUGUGUGUGUGUGUGUGUGUGUGUGUGUGUGUGUGUGUGUGUGGCGCAGUGCAGGUGUGCAGCAGGUGAGGGCCUUUGCAGUCUGUCUCCUUGUCUCCUCUGGCUGGAAACCAGCCUCCAGGGGCUGGCCACCUGCCUGUCUGUGUUUUGGAGAACCUCUUGGGCUGUCAGGAGCUGAAGGAGCACCUCCUUCCUGUGCUCUCACGCCUCUCUGCUUGGACUCCUCUGCAGAGCCAGACUUCUGGGCUGAGGGGCCUCUAGGUUAAGUGCUGCUGCCAGAGCUGGAGCCCUCCAACUGGGACUUGGGGGUUUAUCUGGGUGGAGAAUGGUGGCUCCCCAUUUCUCUCACCCUCUUUCUUCUUGAACCCCAAACAGGCAAUGCCAAAAGCUCUUAAGUUGUAACCAAUAGGUAUGUGGAGGGGAACGGUGAUUGGAUUGUAGGGCUCUCCUGUCUCUAAUUUUGACCCUUGCCACUGACCCAAAGACAGUCACUGACUUUUCUUGCCCUUAGAGACAAUCCUGCGUUUGUGUGGCUAGCGGGGUGACUCCUGCUCUGCUGGUUCUGAUUCUCCCAAGCUGCUCUUUUCUCACCAGGAGCCACCUCCUGCCUUGUCUUGGGCACUGGCCAUCUAGACUUGGGUCUGUCUGCUCAGGGUCAUGCUCACUGGCCCCUCCUACUGGUGGGUCUUGGAGUGCUCCUCUGAGCCAGGCCUGGACUAGUCCCUCUUCUUCCCCACAAUCCUGCCAUAUCACCCCAGCAUAGCUGCUGCAGGAGCACAAUAGUGUAGGGCCUGAAGCCCAGCUUUAUAAGCCCUGAUUGGAGUGUGGGGAGUGACUCUUCCAAGCCCAGCAGAGCACAAAGUCUUCUGGAAGAAUCAUUGCUUGGGUAGGUGUGGGGUUAUCCAGGCCCGAGACAUCAACACGGGCUCUGACCCAGCCUGGUCUGAGCUAUGGACUGAACCCCUCAGUUGUGGGUGGACUGAGGGGCAGAGGCAUGUUCUUUCUCUGCCGGGGCAAAUACCCAGCUGGCUGGGUCCUUCCUCAGCCUCGUCCCAAACCUUCUCUUUUCCUCUUGCUUCCAGACUACUGGGUCUCCUCUCCUCCCAUCCUUCCCACUGUUUUAGUUACCACUGACCUGUGGCCAUGAACUGACCAGCACACAAAAUAAAAGUUUGUUCUAAGUUGACAAUGUUGUGUUCCCUGCCCGGCCUCUCCGGAGGUGGAGGUGCUGCCCCGGGGCACCCAGUGUCCUGUUUGGCUAGAGCCCCCAAGGCCAGGAGUAGCAAGCAAGCUGUUCCUGUGAGGCAGAAGUGCUUCACAACUCAGACUCCUCUGCCAGCUGGGGCCAGGACAAAUUGCCAAGCUUUUCUUCACCUACAGCAACAGGGAAAAGCCACAUCACAGUGGUUGUGAGGUUGUUGAGGCUCCUGGCAUGGGACUGUGCUGCUGCAUGGCCGCCAUGCUGUUGCUACCCAGCUGUCUUCCUGAGUCCAUGGCAGAGGCCAGGAGCUGGGGGCAGGCUUGAAAGGAGAAAUGUGGCCUUGACGUGUCUCUGCCUCAAGACGGGGCCUAUGCCAGGCAUUCUGUGGUGAUGGCAGCUCCUGUCUGUGAGGAGUUGGCAUUUGCUUUAUUUUCCUGGUUAAGUGAAAUGGUGUGGGGAGCAGUGCCACCAGCAGGCAUGCCCCCAGCUGUCCACACCAGCGGCUCCCCUGUGGCCCAUGCCCCUGGUCUGUUCCUUGCAUUGCUGGCUAUUUCCCUCUUGCUUUUUGACUCUGGCUCUGCUGGUGCCUUCCCAACUGGAGGACGCUGGUGAGCAUCCCUAGCUCUGUCCUCACUGUGGGUGCAGUGGAGUUUAUUUCUAUAGGACUUGGCCCUGACAGACCCCCAUUUUGUUUGAACUCUUGGCCCUGUGAGUUUACUCACCUUUAUCCUUUACAUUUGGGACUGUAGCCUUCACCCUCCCUCUGCUCACAAACACUCAGGUGGUGUUUGGAUAUCUGGCCCACCGUCCCCACAUCUGCUAGCAGGGGAAUGACUGAAUACAGUGUUUUCACUGUCCGUAAUAGGAAUGCCACAGGUCUCCUAUGGGUCUCUGCCCUCUCAACUACCCAUUUGGAGUAAAACACCAGCCCUUUUGUAGUUGGUAAAGAAUAAAGUGGUUAAUCUGAUCAUCUCAAA